UUCUUUUUUUCCUUUUGGUGCAAGGAAAGAGUCGUUGAUUUCUAACGAUGAAACCAUCCUUCCCGCUUCCCCUUACAACAAUCACUCUUCUUCUUCAUUACUUGCUGCAUGGCUUCGCUUCCUUUCACAACCCCCAAAUUUUCUCAUUUCAAAUUAUCAAAAACAAUCAAAUCCUUCAAUUCAAAUGAGCCAAUUCAUCUUACACAACUCAAUGGAACCACCAGAAAUCAUCAUACUUUGUAUAAAUCUUACUUCCACACCAUAUCUUCACUUUGCAAAGAUGGCGAAAUUCAACAAGCUGUUGACUUACUCACUGAAAUGGACUCUAAAAACCUAUCGGUUGGACCUGAAAUAUACGGCGAAAUCCUUCAGGGUUGCGUUUAUGAACGAGAUCUUUUCACAGGUCAGCAAAUUCAUGCUCAAGUUCUAAAACACGGUGCUUUCUUUGCACGAAAUGAGUAUAUCGAAACAAAGUUGGUUAUUUUUUAUGCAAAGUGUGGUGCUUUUGAUGUUGCUAAUAAUUUGUUUAGUAGAUUGAGGGUAAAGAAUGUGUUUUCCUGGGCUGCCAUUAUAGGACUCAAGUGUAGAAUUGGGUUAAAUGAAGAGGCUUUAAUGGGGUUUUCUGAGAUGCAAGAAAAUGGGUUUUUGCCAGAUAAUUUCGUGGUCCCUAAUGCAUUGAAAGCUUGUGGUGCUUUGUUAUGGCUUGGGUAUGGGAAAGGGGUUCAUGGGCAUGUGGUGAAAGUGGGUUUUGAUGGGUGUGUCUUUGUUGCAAGUAGUUUGAUUGAUAUGUAUGGAAAAUGUGGGGCUUUGGAAGAUGCAAGGAAAGUGUUUGAUGCUAUGAUUGAGAGGAAUGUAAUUGCUUGGAAUUCGAUGAUCGUUGGGUAUAUGCAAAAUGGGAUGAAUGAGCAAGCAAUUGGGGUGUUCCAUGAGAUGAGAAUGGAAGGUGUGGAACCUAGUCAGGUAUCCAUAUCGAGCUUUUUAUCGGCUUCAGCUAAUUUAGGUGCAAUAGGUGAGGGAAAACAGGGGCAUGCCAUUGCUGUCUUACAUGGAUUCGAAUUGGAUAGCAUUUUGGGUAGUUCUGUUUUGAAUUUCUAUUCCAAGGUUGGUUUGAUUGACGAUGCCAAUCUAGUUUUCGAUAAGAUGCUUGAAAAGGAUGUAGUUACUUGGAAUUUGAUCAUUUCUAGUUACUUGCAAUCUGGCUUGAUCGAUAAGGCACUCGAUAUGUGUCACCUGAUGAGAUCGGAAAAUUUGAGAUUUGACUGCGUGACUCUAUCGUCUAUAUUGACCGCAGCUGCGAAUUCAAGCAAUAUAAAACUUGGAAAAGAGGGUCACUGUUAUUGUAUUCGGAACAGCCUUCAGUCUGAUGUGGUUGUUGCAAGUAGCAUUGUAGAUAUGUAUGCCAAAUGUGGAAGAAUUGAUUAUGCUGGACAUGUAUUUAGUUCCACUAAUAACAAAGAUAUCAUAUUAUGGAAUACAUUGUUGGCUGCUUAUGCAAAUGUUGGCCAUAGUGGUGAGGCCUUGAAGUUGUUUUAUCAAAUGCAGUUAGAGAGUGUGCCGCCGAAUGUAGCGUCGUGGAAUUCCGUGAUUUUAGGAUUUAUCAGGAACUCCCAGUUAAAUGAAGCUAAAGAGUUCUUCUCGCAGAUGCAAUUGCUUGGCGUCCACCCUAACCUUAUAACUUGGACUACUCUUAUCACUGGCCUGUCUCAUAAUGGUUUUCACGACGAGGCAUUACAGGUUUUUCAAGAAAUGCAAGAAUCGGGGAUCAAACCGAAUACCGUAAGCAUCAGUAGUGCACUUUCAGCUUGCACAAAUGUGACAUCAUUACAACAUGGAAGAGCAAUCCAUGGAUACGCUAUACGGCAUGACCUCGGUUCACAGAUUUCUGUUUCAACAGCUUUAGUUGACAUGUAUGCUAAAUGUGGAUGUUUAAGUCGAGCAAAGAGGGUGUUUGAUCAUAUCUCAAGCAAUGAAUUGCCUGUUUAUAAUGCUAUGAUUUCUGCUUAUGCAUUACAUGGUCAAGCCGGAGAAGCUCUUGCGGUGUACAAAAAUCUCAAGGAAGCUGGCAUAGAACCCGAUGGUAUAACAUUUACAAGUGUCUUAUCUGCGUGCAGUCACACCGGACUGGUAAAUGAAGGUUUAGAGAUUUUCAUUGAAAUGGCCUCUAAACAUCAUUUGUCGCCAAGCAUGGAGCAUUAUGGGUGUGUAGUUAGUCUUCUUUCUAGAUCAGGUCGUUUAGAUGAGGCUUUUAGGCUUAUUCUCACAAUGCCAUUUGAACCAGAUGCACACAUAAUCGGACAACUCAUUGCUAAAUGCAGAGAGCAUAACGAGAUUGAACUUGUGGAGCAUUUAUCAAAGUAUUUAUUAGAAUUGGAACCAGAUAAUUCAGGGAAUUAUGUGGCGAUUUCAAAUGCAUAUGCUACUGCAGGAAGGUGGGAUGACGUAUCUGAAAUAAGGGAUUUAAUGAAAGAAAAAGGGUUGAAGAAGAGUCCCGGGUGCAGUUGGAUUCAAAUAGGUGAAAAACUUCAUUCUUUCAUUGCUGGUGAUGGAUCACACCCCAAUACUGAGGAUAUACAAGCUACAUUGGCUUUGUUGGGAAUUGAUAUGAAAUCCAGUGCUUAAAAACUCUGUUCUUACGCACUAAUCAGAUCUGUAGGUAACAAAUGAAGCGCUCCAAGGAGACUCAACACCGGAUCGAGUUUAAGCAAAAAGAAGCAAACAACAAAUGGAUACUUUUUGCUUCAUUAGGAAGAAUUGUUCAGAAUGUUCGGCCAGGACCGAUGAGUUGAUGCUGAUUUAUCCGAAUUAUCGGACCAGAUAACAGCUUUGAGCUCCACACAUUAGACAUGUUGGAAGAAUGGACAAUACUGCUUCACUCAUAUCAAUCUGUAUAAGAUACUCACACAAAACUCGAGGCGGUUCUGUUCGUAUUCAGAAAAAAUUACAGUAAAUUGAAUAAUGCAGCUAUGCUUCUUCAGUUUCUGGAUCUUCCAUUAAAAGAGGGCACUGGAAAAAAAAAGACAAAAUUUGGAUUCAAAACCAAAUUCUUUUUACUUUAUCAUGAGUUUAGGCUUGAUUAUUGUAGUAACAAAGAACAUUAUCAGCAAUUUAUUUUUUUAUCUUUCUCACUUUAGCAUCAUUUGUAAUUACACUAUAAUAAAUACCCCAAAUUUCUACCUAAAAAA